CUGUGUGGCUGUGUGGCAGGACAGGGCAGGACAGGGCAGGACAAGACAGGAGUGGGGAGAACCUGAUGUUAUCUGGGAUUACACAAGACAAGACCAGGCACUAGGGAACUUUCUCAGAAGUUGGACUGUAUUCCUACAGCACCUCCAAUGGAUAGGAGCAAAGCACUGGAUCAGCUGCUUGCAGAGCUUGAGAUCUUCUUGAAGUUAUUGGAUAACGAGAGCCUCAGCCUCACUGCCUUAGCCAAGAAAUGCGUCUUAUCAGACCUGCUUCACAAUGUCAUCAGUUCUUCUGUUUCAGCUGGGGAGGAAGAGUACAUCUACAUGAACAAGGUUCAACUUGAGGAGACAUCUUUGUCAGAGAAGAAAACACCAGAGAAAGGCUUGGACCGCGAAGAUAUGUCUAACGGAAUCGAUUUGGGAAAGAUCACUCCUGCACCUCAGAAGAGCUUGCCUGAGCUUCCACCUGCAAAACUUAUAACGGACAAAGAACCAUUUUCUCUGAGCAGGGCUGAGUCUAUUGAAGGCUAUUAUGAGGAGGCUGAGCCAUACGAUACUGUCAAUAUUGAUGACGUUGACGCUGUCAGUAGCUCCUAUGAGUCAUAUGACGAGGAGGAAAACACGAAGGGGAAAUCGAUGACCCACCAGUGGCCUUCACCGGAGGCCUCCAUAGAGCUGAUGAAGGACGCUCGGAUCUGUGCUUUUCUGUGGCGCAAGAAGUGGCUGGGACAGUGGGCCAAACAGCUGUGUGUCAUUAAAGACAACAAACUCUUAUGCUACAAAAGCUCAAAGGACCAGAAUCCGCAGCUGGACGUGAGUCUGAUCGGAUGCAGCGUGGUGCACAAAGAGAAGCAAGUGAAAAAGAAGGAGCACACACUGAAGAUCACGCCCGUCAAUUCCGAUGUUAUCGUGCUGGGACUUCAGAGCAAGGAUCAGGCAGAGCAGUGGUUAAAGGUGAUCCAGGAGAUCAGCCAUCUCCAAAGUGAAAGCUGUGCUGAUGGAAGUGUAGUACCUACAGACCAUUCCCGCAGCCACGCUCAAAAAUUGGAUUCAUCAGAGAGACACUCCGUGGCGUCAGAUAAUGGGAGCAGUACUGAUGGUGGGUCUGUAACUGACAUCAUGGAGACCAAAGAUGUGAAAAAGAAAUCCAGCAUCGGGGACCUUAAAACCGCAGGCUUGAAGCUCAGCAGCUUCAUGAAUCUUGGGAAGAAGAAGCCUAUAUCUGUGGAGAUUCCUAUUAACAACGAGAAGAACGUCGAGGCGUCUGGUUAUUUGAAUGUCUUUGUAAAUAGCCAUUGGCGCAUGCGUUGGUGCCAGGUGAAGAAUGGACUGAUUCACUUCUAUCAGGACAAGACCAAAACUAAAGCCAUUCAGCAGCCUCUAAGCCUGGAGGGGUGUGAGGUCAUCCCUGAUCCCACUCCAGAACACUUGUAUUCCUUCCGCAUUCUCCAGGAUGGUGAGGAAAUAGCAUCCUUGGAGGCUAAGUCUUCCGAGGAGAUGGGGUACUGGCUGGGUCUGCUGCUGGCAGAAUCGGGAUCCAAGACAGACCCCGAAGACCUGGCUUAUGACUAUGUGGAUGCUGAUCGAGUGUCCUGUAUAGUGCACGCAGCCAAACAUUCCUUAUACUUAAUGCAGCGGAGAUACUCAGAGCCCAAUACGUACAUAGAUGACUUACCAGCCGUACAGAACCAGUCGGAUGACUUAUACGAUGACGUGGAUGUACCUGAAUCCGUGGAAGAGAAAGCAAACGAGGAACAAAUUCCUAAAGAUGACCAAGCCAGAGUUUACCUGGACCUCAAUCCAGUGAAAUCGUUCCUUCAUUCCAAUAAUAACAAAGCAGCUUCUAAUGUACAGACAAACACUCUCUGUUCUGACAGCGGAAAAGGAGCUGUAACUCCCGCACAGGGCAGCGAUAGGGACUCGGCUGGUGAAUGCGAGAGUGUGGUCGCUGCAAAACCUGUGGAGCCUGCUGCGGUUAAGCCUCAGAUAUCUCAAGUGAAGACCGAGAUCGAAGAGAAGUCCGUCAGUAAACCGUCAAACAAUCAGAAGACGACACCUCUCUGGGCCGAGCAAAGUAAGACCGCCGUGAACUCGGUGCCUCAACAGCAAGCAAAGCCCUCCACAGACUGUGUAGAAAAGCAGAAGUUGGCUGCAACAGUGUCCAUCGAAACCAAGUUUGGAAAGAAUCGCUCCGAGGCAGAUCUGAAGAAAAUCAUGGAAGAGAGGGAGAGGCUUGAGAAGGAAAAAGAACAACUUCGAAAUGAACUGUUGCUCUUAAGAAAACAAAAGAGGGAGAUCAAGGAGGCAAUAGCAGUUUGCAAAGACAAACAUAUACUGAGCACUCAAGAGGACAGACUACGGCAGAUUGAAGAAGACUGCAAAUCAAAGGAGAACAAUAGGGUGGACCUGGAACUUAAGUUGGUAUCUGUGAGGGAGAACCUGAGGAAGGCAGAACUGGGACCGGUCCCUUUGGGAAUGAUGGUGGAUGCCAGCCAAUUUGAUAAUGUACGUUGCAAGGUUAAGGUCCCCAACCCCAACAACAGCCAAGACAACUCAGCCGUGAACUGUGCAGCUGCCUUAAAGAAUAGGCCAGUAUCUAUCGUGCAAUCCACAAAAGGGACUGUCCUACAGAAGGCAAAGGAAUGGGAAAAGAAAGCCAGCAGCUAGAAACGUCUCGCCGAGUGAGACAGAGAUGGGACUGAUACAAGCAGGAGCUGCGGAGUGUUUGGACUGAGAGCAAUUCCUCUAUUCCCAGCGGCAGGUGUAGAAAGUUAUGAAGUACUUGUUGCACCUUUUUCCAUAUAAAAUGAAAGCUUCUGCUGCCCCAGUAAUCAACAACAACAACAACUACAACAACAACAACAACAAUAA